GUCCCGGCAGAAAUCCCCUGCACAGCCUCAGAUGAAGCUGCAGCUCUGAGGCAGAAGCAGGAAGAGUUUGAUCUCACUGCGGAGGGAGAGCAGCCAUGGGGAACGCUCAGGAGAAACCCUCCGGCAGCGGAGCAGCGAGAGCGGACCAGGCCUCGGCGGGGAGCGGGGCGAGGAGCCGGGGCGGAGGCGGCACGGGAAACCCCCACAGAGCCCCGCAGAAGGGGGUGGCCAAUGGCACUCAGAGGGGAAUCGACCCUGCCGGUGGGCAGGAGGAGCGGGACAGACCUGCGGUGGACACGAGUUACCUGGACGCUCCUGCCGGGGCCCUUCCUCCUCACCUGGCCCGGCUCAAGAACGAGGGGAACCACCUCUUCAAACACGGACAGUUCGGAGACGCCCUGGAAAAGUACACACAGGCUAUUAAUGGAUGUGCUGAAGCAGGCAUCGAUAGUCCAGAAGACGUGUGUAUUCUCUACUCCAACAGAGCUGCCUGCUACCUGAAGGACGGAAACAGCACAGACUGCAUACAGGACUGCACCAAGGCUUUGGAGCUGCAGCCCUACUCUCUGAAGCCCCUGUUGCGCAGGGCUAUGGCCUAUGAGUCAGUGGAGCGCUACAGAAAGGCCUACGUGGAUUAUAAGACCGUCCUGCAGAUGGACACCGGGGUGCAGGCGGCUCAUGACAGCGUCCACAGAAUCACUAAGAUGCUGAUCGAGGAGGACGGGCCGGAGUGGAGAGAGAAGCUUCCGCAGAUCCCUGCCGUCCCUCUGUCUGUCCAGCAGCAGCACAGACAGAAACCAGUCAGCAUUGAGCUGGCCCAGGCUCGAGCCGCCAGGGCUGCACAGGACGAAGUCAGAAAAAAAGAGUCCCAGUUUACUUUACUGAAGCAGAAAGGCAACGAUCUGGUGAAGAAAGGCAACUUUCAGGAGGCUCUGGAGAAGUACAGUGAAUGUCUCGCCUUAAAACCAGACGAAUGUGCUCUCUACACAAACAGAGCCAUUUGCUUCCUGAAACUGAAUCAUUUUCAAGAGGCCAAACAGGACUGUGACUCUGCUCUGCAGCUGGAGCCAGGAAACAAGAAAGCCUUCUACAGACGAGCACUGGCUCAUAAAGGUUUACAGGACUAUCUGUCAGCCAGCACCGACCUCCAGGAAGUCCUCCAGAUGGAUCCAAAUGUCCGGGAGGCUGAGCAGGAGCUUGAAGCGGUGACAAGUUUACUGAGACAGAGUCUGAUGGACAGCAAUGCAAACACACCAAGGGUUUGACCUUUGUGGAUCAAUGCAGAGGAAAAGGAAUGAAGGUGUGGACGCUCACUGCACUGUAGCAGCUCUGGAAGAAAAACUCUUUUAAAGCCAUCAACCCGAGUGAGUAAGACGUGUGAAAAACAGAAACGACGGGCUCCUUGGAACAACCACUGAGCUCUGCACCAUCUGCAACGUGUGUUCAAACCACACCAUAACUCCUGAGCGCACAACCUUACGCAAUGAGGGCAGCUUCGUUAAAAAAAAAAAAAGGCUAAUGUCAUAAUACUUGACCUGCUUGCACUAUAAAACCAUUCUCAUUAUGAUGUAAUAUACUGUACAUACUGAUUCAUGUACCAGGCUGCAGAGCACUGUUAUUUGUUUAAGUCAAAUGAGGAAAGAGAGAGAGUGUGUACUAACGAGUGCCUUAUUGAGAUUUCUACCGGUUGGGAUGAAAUACGCCAAGAAAGUUUUGCUCUGAAUUGUUUUUAAAGACGUUGUGUUUGGUUUCAAAAUGAUUCACUGAGAUCAUGACAAAAUAUAGGAUUUUUAUCGUCAGGAUACUGAAGGCCCAGAAAGAUGGGAAAAGGUCAGCAGGUCAUUAUCUGGUACAUUCUCUUUGUAACCAGGGUUCAAACUCUUCCAGCUACGAUUUAAGACAUGUCACCGUUUACGAUUAUUAUGACAUCUGCUGCUAAUUUAAGAAGACAAGCCAACAACUCACCACAAACCACUGACUUAACUGGAAUUAUAAGAUGGUAAAAUAGUCAUUGACGUUAGAAUAUCCAAUCAAUUAGGAGCUCGGUGCAUACGCUCGGUGAUAAGUCAAUCAAGAGGUUGUCGCUUUACUGGUUUUAGAUAAAUGUGCACUCGUGUACUGUAAGACUUACCGUAGGUCUCAGGUUCAGUUGUGAAUGUUGACUAAUCUCCUGCUUCAUCUUCAACCUCCCAGCUCCAACAAGGACAGAAGCAACAUGUUUCGGUUGUAUUCAUUCACAAUCCUAUAAGAACAUCACAGGAAAAUAACUGUACAGUGAUAAUAUACGUCUCUACAGAACCAAACUAUUGAUUCCACUCCAAGCAAAAGUGUUAAACUCCUGAAGCUGAAGUGGCUGAAGUCAGGGAUUCUGCCUUAAAGUUUAUUGAGCGUUAAGUUCCUUGGAGGCUAAUUUCAGUCUGAAUUAACUGAACUUCAUUCCUUCAUUAAUUGGCUGAAUGUCCUCAUUUUCGAUCAAUAUUGUCUCAAGUAGCUUUUUUUCUUCCCUCACCCUCAGUCUGGCUUUGCUCUUUCAGUUUGAGUUAAAAAAUGUCCCCUUAAUUUAUUGGCUUAAAAACACUAAUUAAAACCAAACUUACUGGAAAAAUGAAAACUUGAACACACAUCAGCUUGGAACUACCUUAAACAACCGAACACAUCUUUAAGAAAAUGUAUUUGUUGUGUACUUUGACUUUUUAAGUUUGGUCCAUGUUCCAUCGACUAACAUGGAGGAGGUGGGGUAAUUAAGAUAAUUUGGGAGUUUUGGGAGGCUGUCAUGUCGUCCAUCUCUAUGUACAUUCUAUGAUCCGACUGCAUUUUAAAGGCCCCCACACAGACACGCUUCUCCUCCUGUUAACGCUCACUGUACCUGAUCCACUCUGGAGUUAACAAAGCUCCGCCCAGUGUCGCAGCUGAUUAACUACAAUUGAAAUCUCCUGUGUGAGGGAGCAGGUUUUCAAGUGUGAAUGUUUUUAAAGCACAACGUGCCACAGCUUUUAUUUCACGUCUGCUUUCUAUGUUGACGUUUUCAUGUCCAGCCUAAACUUUCUGGCUUUAUCUCAUUUUCUUGUUUUUGUUGUCCAAAUAAAAGCAUAAAAAUCUAAUAGAAAUGAAAACACUUGACGUGAGGCUCCAGCGUUCCAGACAUUGUUUGUCUUGCUUCUUGGAAUGUAAAAGCAUGUACUGUAUGUAAAUAGUUGGAAUGCAGAUGUAAAUAAUAAAGUGCAAUGUGUACGCUUUAAUGUGCCUUUCUUA